GAUAGCCUAUAUAAAGAAAGCUGACAUCAGCCAAAGACCAGCUCCAGCAGGCCUAUAAAACGUCAGAUCACAGAUUGUGCCCACUUUGUUGCUCGGAACCAAGGGCCAAAAUCAUCCUACAUCGAUGGAAAUGGGCAGCAUCUCCACCGGCGCACAAACCACCUCCAUCCCUGUUCCGCACCAGCUCAGCUGCUCCACCAUGGAUGGCCCCCAGUUUCAUGGUAAUAUGGACGGGCAGUGCGCCGGAUCCUCCAAAGUCUUACUGGCUUACAAAAACGCGUCGCAGCACCUGAGUUCGUCGGGACUUAAAGCGGGCUUGGGCUUACUUAAAGUGGCGACGUCUCAGUGGAAACAGGAGAAGAAGACGCGCUCCGGGGCAACCGUAAGGCAGCUGUCCACUGCAAACACCACAUAUCCCUGCAAGAGAUCCCCACUGGAUCAGCUGGCAACUCUGGUCCUCCACGGUCAAACGAGGCAGCGCCAGGUGGGCCAAGAGCACCCUCUUACUUCUACCAAGCCGCAGAACUGUAAGCGCAUUGUGGUUCUUGGUGCGCCACGAGUCGGCAAGACCUCCAUCCUAAGAAGAUACCUUCGGGACGGCUUUGUGGAGGAGUACAAUCCCACCUCCGAGGAUUUCCUCCGAAAGCUGUUUCGUAUCCGCGGAGAGACCUACCAAAUUGACAUCCUGGACGCGUCCAGGGAAAGGGAUUUCCCAGCCAAGCGGCGGCUGUCUAUCCUCACUGGAGACAUUUUUCUUCUGGUAUUCAGUCUAGAUGACCGGGGCUCUUUCGAAGAGGUUUGCGCCCUGCGAACGGAGAUCCUGGCCGCUAAAUCCAAGCUAAUCAAACCCCCUGUGCCAGAGCAGUGCGCACAGCUGCAGAUUCCCCUGGUGGUCUGCGCCAACAAGGUGGAUCUCCUGCAGUCUGAGAGAGGAAUAUCCAAGGCGGAGGUACUCCGAGUCCUCGGUGAUGACUGUGCCUAUUUUGAAACGUCUGCAAAGGACAGCACAAAUCUGGAGAAAGUCUUCGAGACUUUGGCAAAGCGAGGCGGGCUUCCGACCGAAACUGGCCCGUCUCAGCAUCGCAAGGUCUCCCUCCGUUCCUACCAGGCCAUGCGGACUGGCCGUGUGGCGGGGAGAGGGGGCCAGACGCCGGGGCGCGAUGACGCCUGCGGCGCCCUGCAUCCACUGGCUCGUCGGCCGAGUUUUAGCACGGAUCUCCGACAAGUUAUCGGGCCAAAUACGGGAAGAAAGCCCGGCAAAGCGCUGGAAAAAUGUCAGAUUCAGUGAGAGACAAACAGAGAAUGAGACGAAGUGUUACUGAGCGAAUAAA